AUGACUUUGAACACCGAUUUCACCACCUCGCCCGUCUUAGCGGAUGACGCCAACAUUUGGGAGUUUCCAUUAUCCUCUGAUGUCCCCUACAACAACAGUUACAGCCACCAGUCGCCCGUUUUCAGCGACCAUGAACUCUUCAUCCAGCCGACAGAAACUCCUUCCCCCGGGCUGGUUGCUCAGAGACCGUCGCCUGAGUUUGUCCAGCCCCACGACCUUCAUCCCCGGGGUCUUGAGGGGUCGACUUCGCCAGCGAGUCAAACUUCGCAACUGGGACGAACCAGUUCCAUAGACUCGCCCGCUGGAUCCAUGUCACUGAGCCACCAACAGCUCCUUCGACGAAUGUCCCUGGCCACAAUCGACCUAAACGACGACUCUUACCGACCUAGAAAUACCCCGGCGCGACGGAAGAAGAGCACAACUGGCCGCAUCGCCCCUCGCUCGGAAAAGCACGCGCGCGAGCUGGAGCUGAAUCGCAGAGCCGCAACAAAGUGCCGCAACCGUCAAAAAGUGUUUAUCGAGCACCUCCAACAACGGUGCCGCAAGGAGGAAGAGAAGAUGCAGAUGCAGACCUCGCUCGUCUCAGCCCUGCACGACGAGGUCGUCGCGUUGAGAAACGAGGUCCUGCGCCAAAGCUUCUGCGACUGCCGCUUCUUGUCGGGCGCAAAUUCGGCCUUGCACUCGUGA